AUGAAUAAUCAUAGUACUUAAUUUGAGAUUUUACCAAAACUGAUUACUAAUCAACCCAAACUACUAGAUCCGAUGUACAUAAGAAAUACCUAAUAACGUCAAUCUUAGUAUCUAAAUACAUAUUAUAUAUUUAGAAAUGAAUCCAAAAUCUUACCUCACAUAUAAAGGAGAUCUAUGAUGUAAGGUAACUCUAAGUAAAUGGUAGUUUAAAGUAUAAAUUGAAUCUAAUAAUAAGGAUUUAUGUAUAGCUUCGAUUACAAUACUAGACACUUUGGAACAACUUGUGAUAGAGGCUUUUAAGGAUUAUCAAGUUAUCAUUUAUCAUAAAAAUUUGGACAUCUAGGUACUAAAUUAUAGCCAUUGGAGAAAAACAUUGUUGCUGAUAUGACUGAUGGAGAAGAUGUAGAAGAAAUUAAAAAAGAUGAGAGAUUGUUUUAUAAGAAAAUAUACAAAUAUAAUUAAAUGCCUGUUUUGGCAUUAAUAAAAUCUUUUGAGAUUGAGUGGUGUAAAGAAUAAAAUGAAUAAGUCAAUAGGAAAAUAUCAAAAAGUUUAAUCCUAAACUUUUAAACAACACUAUAAAUAUUAAAUACACAUCAAGAUUUCAUAGAUUUUUUUAUUAAAAAUUUAUAACUGUUAGAGUUGAAUACAGUAGCCUUAAAAUAGAAAGGAUUACAUUAAUUAAAAACCAAGGUUGAUAAAUUUUCAAGUAAAGAAUUUUCAGAACCUUACCAAAUUAUUCCAAAUCAAUCUGGAUAAGGAUUUUUUAAGAUUCAUUUUCCAAUUAUUGAAAUAUAUUUUUAAGAGUACUAACACGUUGAAACUAUUAAAUUAUCACCGAUGAGAUUAUAUGAAUUAGUUAAUAAUAACUUUUUUUAAGUAAGUGAAAUAGUUUAAGAUAUAAAUGUUGAUUUUUCUAUACUCAAAUAAAAACUUCUUUAAUAAAAAGAGAUUCAAAGUAAAGUACAAGAAAAAGUUGAGGAGAAAGUAUAACCAAUAAUUUAAAAUUCAGAUUAACCUUAAACACAAUCUUAAUUAGAAUCCUAAUAAAAAGUUAUGGUCACUAAGCCAAAUAACUCUGAUUUUGGAUUAAUUAUUAGUGAAAGUAAUAUUAUUUCUAUUUAUAGAAAAAAGUGAAUUUCCUGAUAAGAUUUUGAAUAAAAGAAUGAUUAAAUAUGUUGUUUAAAUGGAUGAGAAAUGUUAUUUUUGUGUGGAUUUUCUACCAAUUUAAUUUAUUAUCAAAGAAAAGGUUUCAUAGAAAACUAUAAAAUUGUAUUCUCCAACUUUUAAAGAAUUUAAUGAAUUUUUAACUUAAUUAGGAUAAAAAUAAGUGAAACAAGUAAUAGAUGAAUAUUUAAUAACUACAUUUGAUCUUAAUCCAGAAGAUUUCGAUUAUAAAGAGUUUAAGAAAGGAACUAAGAUUAGUUUAAACUUUCCAACAUAGUCAGAAUUAAAUUUAGAAAUAACUGAAGAACAUCUUAAUAAUGGAUUGUUAUCAGUUUUUGUAAAAGAAAUUGAGAUUAAUAAUAAAGAUUUAUAAAUUAUAAUGGAGUAAUGAAAUUGUAGAAAUAUUUAGACCUUGUUCAUUUGGGAUAUAUAAUCAAUUAACUUGUAUGACUGAGAAGAGAAAUUGUACAUCCAAAGAAUUAACUAGUAUAUUAUAGAAAAAAUAUUAAGUAAAAUUUUAACUUGUAUGA